AUGUCUGCAAUUCCUUACCACGAGCUUCAGCGCGCCAGAAGAGAAAUCAGACUCAUCGUCCUCGAAGAUGCGCCUAAACUCGCUAAAUUAAGGAGUGCUACUCCUCCGCCGCUGAAAUGCACCAUAAUUCACUCGUCCCUUGAUGAUUUCACUUCCCAGACAACUCCAUCUUCUAUGUGGCAAGGCUUGAGGCAAAGACCUCACCUCAAAUAUUUUGCCCUCUCGUACGUCUGGGGCGAUCCCGAUCCUACCUGCGAACUCGGUAUCAACGGUGUUCAGGCGAAGAUCACCAAAAGCUUGUCUGACGCACUGCAUUCGAUUCGAGACCACACUGACUUUCGAGUCAUCUGGGCAGACGCAGUUUGUAUUAAUCAGAACGAUAACAUCGAGAAGAGCUGGCAGGUUCAGCAAAUGACGAGCACAUACAAGUAUGCAGACAGGGUUAUCGCUUGGUUAGGGCCAGCGUCGCCAGACAGUGAUCUCGCCAUGGCUACUCUGCAGUCAGUACAUCGCCAAAUAAGAAAGAUGAGCUUCAGCAAGGCUAGACGUUAUGAGGUGCCCUCUGUAUGGGCUCACCGGCAAAUGCAGCAGUCGCUAGAUAAGUUCUUCUCAAAACGUAUUAAGGAAUUCGCAGCAAUUGCCGAGCUGUGGAUCAGGCCAUAUUGGACGCGGAUCUGGAUCAUCCAAGAGAUCGCUGUCUCCCGUAAAACUAUUUUUCUCUGCGGCUCAAGUCAAGCUGAAGACGUCGAAGUUGCCCUCCUUGCGAUUUCAGAGUUCGCUAGCCUUAAAGUGUACAAGAAAACCGACGAGUCGAAAGCCAUGACGAUGGGUGACAUCUAUCUCAUCAAUCGGCAGCCGGAAUUCUUGGUGGUGACAAAGAUGGCUGAGCAACUAGAACAUCACAAUCUUUAUCAAUUGCUAUUUUACGCUCAUGGAGGUUCCCAUGACUACCAAGCUUUUAAUCCUAGAGAUUAUGUAUACGGGCUUCUAGGCUUAGCAACAGACCAGCAGUCGCUAGGUAUUGUAGCUGAUUAUGAUAAAUCCCCACAGUUGAUCUAUAAGGAUGUUGUCCGGAGAGUAGUCAAAUCUGGCUACACUGAUAUACUCGCGUUGGCUGUUUCGGAAAAGAAUAUACCAGAUCUGCCAUCGUGGGUACCAGAUUUCUCUAACCUUGGGCAUGUCUUCUUCUGCACUUACAACACUGCUCAGAUCGAAAAAGCUGAAGACCCACUCGUCCCGUACUUUCCAGUCACUGAGGAGACGGACGGUCUAGCAAUACGAGGCUCAACUGUCGGCAUUAUUACUAAACUAGCACCAGAACCUGAUUUCAAUGAGGGCGACGGAUCUCUUGCCUCGUUGCUGCAAUGGUUAGUAGCCAUUGAGAUGGAGUUGCUUCUUAAUCUAGUCGAGGAACGCGAACAUUUCUGGAUCAAUCCACUUCCGAUAGUUCUGGGAACUCCAAGAAGUGUCCAGGAUAGGGGACGAUUAGCUAGAUCUUUGUUUGCCAACAUGGAUCCUUCAACGGGUAUAACCAUCAGCGACCCACGUCACGCCGAAAUGUAUUAUCUGAUAGUUAGAUCUUUCACGAACAACCCCGCAGGAUUAGAAUCUAGGCUCAACAAUGCGGAGAGACUUGGUGAUGCCGAUGCUAUAGCAACGGGAAUGUACCUCAGUGGUGUCAUGCAGCAUGCCCUCAAAGGAUGCCGUGUAUAUCGGCUGGAUACUGGUCAUAUUGGACUGGCGUCCCCGGGAUGUCAAGUUGGUGACAAGGUGGUUGAAUUUCCCGGGGGUUCAUUUCCCUUUGUAAUUCGAAAGAAUGAGAACGACGUUGCAUACCUUCCAAAGCCGGAAAAUAUAGACGACUCUUCCAUUCCCAAUUUUGCCAUCCAGACCUCCAAACUGGUUGGUAUGGCGUUUCUUGAUUGGAUGCGGUAUUGGAAACUUAGUGGUAAGGUAACGGAGGAGCCGUUCAUUCUUCGCUAA